AUGCGCCGAUGGCUUCCGUGCACGCAGCGAUGGCUGCAGCGGACGCUGUGGACGCCCGGAAGCGGUUACAGGCCCCGAAGCGAUGACCCGCACCGCCGCCCCACGUUGCAGCUCCGCGAGGGAGCCGAGGCCAAAGUCCGCCGCGGCUAUCCCUGGCUGCCAUCCAAGGCCGUGCGGAACCCCGAGGCCCUGCAGCCAUUUACGCCUUGCCUGGUCAAUGUCGAGGCCGCCGAAGGCGACGUCCUUGGGGUUGCGCUCUACAGCGGGCUCGGCUCCAUCGCCGCGCGCAUGCUGUGCACGACUGCGUACGUGCGUAUUGACGCCGCCUUCUUCGUGGGUCGCUUGCAAAAGUGUCUUGCGUACCGCGAGAGGCUUUUCCAAGAGCCAUUCUACCGCUUGUCGCACGGAGAGGCAGAUGGUCUCCCGGGCUUGAUCAUCGACCGCUAUGCGGAUCAUGUGGUCAUUGCGCCAGCCGCGGGCAUGGACUUGCUGCUGUGGCCCUUGGUGGACGCCCUGGAGGAGGUGUUGAAGCCCAAGGUGGUGAUCAUCCGCCAGGACACGCUCGGGCGGAGACGCGAGGGCGCGGUGCUGCGCCGGGAGGUGCUCUCCGGCCGGUACGUGGGUCCCACCGAGCUGCGGGAGAAUGGCGUGUCGUUUGCAGUCGAUCUUCUCGGUGGCCAGAAGACCGGAUGGUACUUCGACCAGCGCGACCACCGAACGCUGUUGGCAUCCCUGGUUGCCCAAGCCCCCCGGGUGCUGGACCUCUACAGCUAUGUCGGCGGAUUCGGAGUCACGUUGGCGCACUACGGUGCGGAGGCUGUGGUCUGUGUGGACAGCAGCGAGGCUGCCCUGGAGCUCUGCCGGCGGAGCGCCGCGAUGAACUCAGUGUCGCCCCGUGUGAGGCAAGUGCAAGCCGACGCCAUGAAGUUCCUGCAGGAGCGUUCUGGACAAAAAGGGGAGACCGCAGGUGACGAUUCGGAGUUUGAUCUAGUGAUCGUGGACCCUCCGAAUUUGGGAGUGGAUCGCAUGAGCGCACCCAAGGCGCUUCGGCACUAUGAGAAGCUGCUGAACUCCGCGGCUCUGCUCUGCGCCUCUCCGGGCUGGCUCUUCGUGGCCUCCUGCACCUACAGCAUCGGCGAGCGAGAGCUGAGCGGUGCGGCAAGCCGUGCGCUGGCCUGGGCUCAGCGGGAGUACCGGCUGGUGGCCACAAGCCGCCAGGCCGCCGAUCAUCCUGGCCAUUUGAUGUUGCCAGAGUCGCAGUACCUCAAAGGCGAGCUCCUCGUUGCACUUGCGCCGCAGCUGGAGGCGCCUCCUUUCUUCACGUACGCGGCCCACAUGAGCUGCGCGCGGCUCUCUUCCGACUGCUUCCGGGCCACAGACCUGGCGAAGGUCUGCCGAGCCUACAGCGCCCUGCGCUUCCACGACGCAGCUCACGUCUCUGUGCUCGUCGCCUGCUGCAAGUCCACCCUGAGCGAGGCCUCGGCCGCUGACUUGUCGCACCUCGUGGUGGCAGCGGUGGCCGGUGGCGUGGAGGGCGCCGAGGGGCUUAUCAAGGAGGCUGCUUUGCUGGCAACCGAGCAGGCUUCGUUCAUGCUGCCAUACGAGCUUGGGCUCACUGCAAUCACCUUCGGACCCACUGCAGCCGACUUCCUCGCCAAGAGCCCUUCGAGUGACCUUGCGGCCAUGGAGGCAGCAGUGGCGUCGGCGGAGCUCCUCCACGCCCUUGGCCGCGCUGCCGGUUCGGCAGCACACAGGCUGCAAGCGAACCAGGCACUGCUGGUGAUUUGCCAUGACGAUGGAAGACGACUGGGGAUCAAAAGGCGCUUCCCGUAUCAGCCCGAUAAGACAGCCCUUUUGGUGCAGGUGAGCGCUGUUCUGGAGGGGUGCACCAGGCUGGGUGGGCAAUGGACUCCCGGCCGUCGGCACGAAAACAGCUGGCGAGUCCAUGCUUCGUAUUCCCCACGAGGAGUCAUACCAUGUCAUACCCACACCACAAAUCCAAUGAGCAUCCCAUGA